GGCAACAGUGUAACUUUUAUUUUGUCAGUGUGCCUCCCUGCUCGUUGACAGAUGUGCUGUUGUAUUUACUAUUUAGUGACAUUGACGAUUGUUAAUGCCAAAAAACCAAACAUGGAAAAUUGUAGUGAACAAAUAGACAUUGAAAAAAAGAAGAAAUAUACUUGGAAAGGAAGAUAUGUUUCCGAAAAAGUUUAUAAUAAUAGAGUGAGGAUGAGUAAAGCCUCAAAAAAAAUAAAGAGACAAACUGAUGAAAAAGAAGAGUCAAGUGUUGUGCAAGGUAAUCGCAUUGUCAAUUUCAAGGUUAUGAUGGACCAUAUGAUUUGUGGAUUUUGCAAAGAAAAAUUAUCGUUGGAAUUUAUGGAAAAAGAGCACACUAUUGGAUUGGCAUCAAUAUUAUCAAUACGUUGUAAUGCAUGUCUGAAAUUAAAUCCAGUACCAACAAGUAAUGUUCGUACGAGUCAAUUGUCAAAACGUCCUCGAUAUGAUAUUAAUGUACAAAGUGCACUUGGUGCUUUGCAUGCUGGAUUAGAAUACAGUCAGCUAGAAAAUUUAUUUGCUGUUCUCGAUAUCCCUGCUCCAACAGCUAUGAGUUUCAAGGAACAUGAAAGUCUAGUAGGAAAAGCAAUUGAACAAGUUGCUAAAUACUCAUGUGAUCAAGCAGCACUAUGAGAGCGAUAAUUAUAACAAUGAAAAAUGUAGAAAAGUUAAAAACUUUGUUGUAAGUUUUUUUUUAUCAUGACUUUUGAACAGCUACUGCUGUAUAAAAAUCUGAUAAACUUAAAAAAUCAGAUAGAAUAUUAAAAAGUGUACUUGAGUUUUUGAAAAAUAAUA